CUCGGAUCAAUGUGUUCCAUCACGUGACUGCAAGUGUCAUGUGAUUUAGUUUACAAAGAAUCACAAAAGAAAAUGAAGAUCAUAGUUUAUUUUACUGUUGCCUGUAGCUUGGCAUUCGUCAGCUGUCUUGAAAAUGGUCUAGCACGAACUCCACCAAUGGGUUGGUUGUCAUGGGAACGUUUUAGAUGUAAUAUUGACUGUGUUAACGAUCCAGAUAAUUGUAUCAGUGAGAAUUUAUAUAAAGCAAUGGCUGAUGAGUUAGUAAAAGGAGGUUAUAAAGAUGUUGGCUAUGAGUAUGUUAAUAUAGAUGAUUGUUGGCCAUUAAUAGACCGAGAUGCGAAGGGAUUUUUGGUAGCCGACCCUAAACGUUUUCCGAGUGGAAUGAAAGCUCUAGCUGACUAUGUUCAUUCUAAAGGUCUUAAACUGGGAAUUUAUGGAGAUUUUGGCACCAAGACUUGUGGAGGUUACCCUGGAAGUGAAUUCUACAUGGAACAGGAUGCCAACACAUUUGCUAGUUGGGGAAUUGAUUCGUUAAAAUUAGAUGGUUGCAACAGUAGAAUAGCAGACAUGCCCUUUGGCUACCCUAUCAUGGAAUUUUACCUGAAUCAAACUGGACGACCAAUCCUUUAUUCUUGCAGCUGGCCAGCGUAUACUGCUACGCCCGACUAUAAAGCUAUCGCUAAAAGUUGUAACAUCUGGAGAAACUACAAUGAUAUACAAGAUUCAUGGGACAGUGUAUCUGGUAUUGUUGAAUUCUACGCAGCUAACAAGUUGAAUUUUAGUCAAAUUGCUGGGCCAGGUCAUUUCAAUGAUCCGGAUAUGUUAAUUAUUGGUGAUUUUGGAUUAAGUCAUAACCAAGAGAGAUAUCAGAUGGCGAUGUGGGCCAUCAUGGCCUCACCACUUUAUAUGUCCAAUGAUCUUCGUAGAGUGCCCGAAGAUUCAAAAGCUAUUUUAUUAAACAGAAAUGUUAUUGCUAUUAAUCAAGAUCCACUUGGUGUCCAAGGAAACAGAGUAAUUAAGCAAGGUGACAUAGAGAUAUGGACACGCCCACUACAGGGUAACAGCGUUGGCGUCUUGGUUUCAUGCACAGGUGGUGCCACUACUGCUCAGGUUAAAUUUCAGCUGACAAACAUAGGAUUAAAUAAUCCAAGUGGUUAUAAUUUAACUGAGGUAUUUGAAGGACAAUUUGUCGGAAUAUUUAAACCUACUGAAACUCUUAAUAUUUCUAUUGAUCCAUAUGAUGUGUUCUUAGUGAAAGCCAAGCAGUUAUAAACCAUGAAUUAAAUAAAAUGUAUAUAUUGACAAGGGAUAUAUAACAAAGAACUUAUAAUGAAUUUUUAUACUAAGAUUGUUAAUUAAACACAACCUAAUAUUGACAAAGAAUUUUUAAUACCCAAUAAUACAUUCUACAGUAGAUAUCGCUUGUGGAUAUAUUUCAUAAUCUACUGCGAUAUCUCAGUUGAAAAGGAACUACAGUUUUUUUAAUUUUAAAGAACAGUUCAUUUCUUAUUAAAAGUAACUUUAUUAAAAUGAACUAUUGUUGUUCAUUUGACCUUGAUGGAAACACUGGGUCAAUAUAAAGGACUUUGCAAUGGUUGAAUUACUGUCAAAAAAUGAUUUAUCACUACGCGGUAAUGUUCAGUAAAAGUGAAAUCUACAGCAAAGAAUUAUAUUUAUCUAUUUGUGCAUGUAAGAAGGGAUUGGGUGAUAAAUAAAAUCUCCUACUCGUCUUUUUUGAUAUAAAAAAUAUCAACACUCAUUGAUAAAGUAAAAAAAAAACUUGGCAGAGCCUCGUUUUUUCUUACUUUAUCAACUUGUGUUGAUAUUUUUUGAUAUCAAAAAAGACUGGUAGGAGAUUCUCUGUAUAACAAGGAAAUUAUUUGUUUGUUAACGGAACAAAGUCCAUAGUGAGAAGUGAUGUAUAACAAGGGACUUACAUUACAAUGAUUAUUUUAUACUAAGAUUGAAUGAAACAGGGAUUCUGUUCCAUUUUAUACAAAAAUGUAGAUAUUGACAGGAACUUAUUAUGAUUUUUCUAGACUAACUUCAAAUUAAUUCUAACAAGUGAUGUAUAACAAGGGACUUAUUCUGAUUUUUUUGUACUAAUAUUGGAAGAAAUGGGAUUUUUGUUCCAUUUUAUACAAAAAUCAUUAAUUAAACAAAAUGUACCAGUUGACCAGGGACUUAUUAUGGUUUUUUUCUGUGUGGAAUUAAAAUUAUUUCACUCUUAACAGCAUGAUAUAAUACUUGUAAAAAACAUUGUGCUAUAUGUGUACAAACCAGUGAAUGCUUGCCUUAUAAAUUAUGUUGUGUUUCAAUAAUAUGAUAAUGGAACAGAAAGGGUUCUUAAACAUCUCGCCUAAAUACAACCAAGAUGAAAUAAAAAAAUCCAAAUGUAUUGAUAAUUAUAACACGAUAUCAUAUUUAUAUAUAUAUAUGGUAGAUCUUAGGUUAAUUUGCCUGAAAUUAGUUGUGCUUAACCAGUCUAUUGACCUUUCAGGUGCUGAUUGACAGGUCUGCAGAUUAUUUUAUACAAAACAUUAUUAAUUAUUAACAACUGGGGUGGGGGGGAUAACAAUUCAGAAGAUUGAGUGUAACAAGUCAACAAAAUAUAUAUAUAUCUGUCUUAAAUCCUAUGGCAUGUUCGGGUGCUGGAGAGGUUAAUAUAUAUUUCAAUUACUCAUGGUACAAAUACUCAAGGUAAAUUAUCAUGGUCAAACUAAUUUAAUAUUUUGAUCUUUGGGUGUCAUGAUUAAUAAAUAGCCACUUUAACUGUGUCUCCGUAUCUAUGUUUGGUUUAAAAUUUCAAAAACUAAUUUAGGAUUUAAAGAUUUUGAGAUUAGCAAGCCAAAAUAAUUUGAAGCAAUUUUUAAAUAUGACUUUCCCAAGAUCAAAACAUCAAAUUAAUGUGACCUUAUUUAAGGACAUUUAUGUAUCUAUACUAAUAUGUGUGACUGUUGUUUGUCUGUUCAGGGUUGGCAGCUACACUAGGUCUGUCCCGAGGCUCAAAUUUGGUGUAUAGGGGUAGCUCGUACCAGGGAGUAACAUAGGCCUGUUGGCGUUGGCCUACCGCUUCCAGUUUCGGAGUUAUAGACACAACCCCUGCAACGCCGGGUCAUAUGCUUCUAUUCCAUUAUUCCUGUUGAUUUCUAUCGUUUAUUGACUUUAGACUUACAACUUAUUAAGUACUUAUAUUUAUUUUAUUAUUAAAGAUAUUAUGAAUAUUAUAUUCCUAACAUUUAAUAAGAAUUAAAAUCAUAUUGUUGAA